AUGGGGUCAUCAAAUGAGAAAAAGGCUGCAAUUUCCCUCCGAGGAGCGGAAAACGUCAUUCGGAAUGAGUAUUGGAGAGAUAUUCGCAAGAUCUUGGCAGCGCCUUAUGAUGAAAUCCAGAAUCCAAACGGAGUAAUCAACUUAGGUCUCGCGGAGAAUUAUCUUAUGCACGCGGAAAUUGCUGAUCGAUUGAAGGCUGGGUUUAGCGUUGACCAUGCCGCGCACUUGACUUACGGACAAGGACCAGUGGGCUCACCACGACUGCUGAAAGCACUGGCUAGCUUUUUCAACUCUUAUUUUCACCCAAUCACACCUGUUACGCAGAAAGAAUUGCUAGUAACCUGUGGAGUUGCGGCGUUGAUUGAUACCUUGACCUGGUGCAUCUGCGAUGACCUGGAAGGGAUUCUCAUCCCACAGCCAUUUUAUGUUGGAUUCAAGAUCGAUAUCGAGAUGCGAAGCCGUGGGCAACUACUACCUGUCUCUUUCCUCGAAUCGGAUCGUGAGUAUUCGGUCGACCAUACAUUCGAGCCGGAACCGAACCGAAGGGCCUUUGAGCGUGCUUUCAAAGAAAACAUGGAGAAAGGCAUCGGAGUUCGCGCAGUGAUAGUUUCAAACCCUCAUAAUCCGUUGGGGAAAUGUUACUCACCGGAAACCAUCUGGGAAAUCGCUCGCUUCUGUGGAAAACACGACUUGCAUCUCAUCUGUGAUGAGAUAUAUGCGAAUUCGGUCUUCGUUAACCCUGAUGACCCCUGCAUCCAGGGGUUUACAUCCGCUUUGAGCAUCAACUUUGACGACAUAAUCCACAAAUCCAGAGUUCACAUCAUGUACGGCAUGAGCAAAGACUUUUGUGCGAAUGGUGUCCGUCUUGGUGUGCUCCAAACACGGAAUGAAGAUUUACUGGAAGCAGUUGCAAGCAUCAAUUUGUUUGCAUGGCCUGCGUAUCUCACGCAAGACCUUUGGGCUCAAAUACUAGAAGAUCGAAAGUUUCUUGACUGGUUCAAGAAGACAAAUAACGAGCGAAUGGCAGCCAGCUACGAGACCUUCACCUCCUUCCUCCAAGAGCAUCGCAUCCCUUAUAUGAAGGGCAGCAAUGCGGCAUUUUACCUUUGGAUCCGCCUUAUUCCAUCUCGCCUUAUCGACUUCAAGGAUCCAUUAGUCUCCUCUCCCACCGUAUCAAGUGUCAAAAAGCUCUUCGUUGAAACCUGCAAGCACAAUGGUGUCUCAAUCAAAGAUGGGGCGAAUUAUUUUGCAGAGGAGCCAGAGGAUGGGUGGUUCAGGGUCACGUUCACCGUUCCAGAUGCGGUUUUGCAGGUGGCUAUGCAAAGGAUAGUGAAGAGUUUCGAGGAUUUGGGGUGGUUGGAGUUGUUCUGA